AUGGUUGUGUCCGAGUGCAGUAUUGGAGAAGAAGGUUAUAAAUGUUUAUGUUCAGCUGUGAGAUCAAACCCUGAAUCACAUCUGAUAGAGCUGGAUCUCAGAGGAAAUGAUCCUGGAGAAACAGGAGUCAAACUCAUCUUUCAGUUAAUACAAGAUCACAAGUGUAAACUCAACACUGUCAGGUUCUUGAGCAGCUCUUCUGCAGUGAAAGCCUUUGAGUAUCUGACAGAAACUCUUGGUAUAAAUCCUUUACUCCAGAGAGAAGUGAAUCUGAGUGAUCAUAAACUAGACGAGUCAAGAGUGAAUCAGAUCUGUGAUCUACUGAAGGACAAACACUGUCACAUCAACACACUCAUACUGAGAGAUUGUGGUCUAACAGAAGAAAGUUGUUCAGCUUUAGCUUCAGUUUUAUCAUCAAACAUCAGUGUGAAAGAGCUCGACAUGAGCAACAAUCAUCUACAGGAUUCAGGAGUGAAGAAACUUCAGACGGGAUUAGAAAAUAUUCACUGUCAGCUCCAGAAACUCAGUGUGUCCGAGUGCAGUAUUGGAGAAGAAGGUUAUAAAUGUUUAUAUUCAGCUGUGAGAUCAAACCCUGAAUCACAUCUGAUAGAGCUGGAUCUCAGAGGAAAUGAUCCUGGAGAAACAGGAGUCAAACUCAUCUAUCAGUUAAUACAAGAUCACAAGUGUAAACUCAACACUGUCAGAUUAUUGAGCAGUUCUUCUGCAGUGAAAGCCUUUGAGUAUCUGACAGAAACUUUUGGUAUAAAUCCUUUACUCCAGAGAGAAGUGAAUCUGAGUGAUCAUAAACUAGACGAGUCAAGAGUGAAUCAGAUCUGUGAUCUACUGAAGGACAAACACUGUCACAUCAACACACUCAUUCUGUCCGAGUGCAGUAUUGGAGAAGAAGGUUAUAAAUGUUUAUAUUCAGCUGUGAGAUCAAACCCUGAAUCACAUCUGAUAGAACUGGAUCUCAGAGGAAAUGAUCCUGGAGAAACAGGAGUCAAACUCAUCUAUCAGUUAAUACAAGAUCACAAGUGUAAACUCAACACUGUCAGACUGAGAGAUUGUGGUCUAACAGAAGAAAGUUGUUCAGCUUUAGCUUCAGUUUUAUCAUCAAACAUCAGUGUGAAAGAGCUCGACAUGAGCAACAAUCAUCUACAGGAUUCAGGAGUGAAGCGUCUCUCUGAUGGACUGAAGAACAACUGUAAACUACACAAACUCAGUGUGUCCGAGUGCAGUAUUGGAGAAGAAGGUUAUAAAUGUUUAUAUUCAGCUGUGAGAUCAAACCCUGAAUCACAUCUGAUAGAGCUGGAUCUCAGAGGAAAUGAUCCUGGAGAAACAGGAGUCAAACUCAUCUAUCAGUUACUACAAAAUUCAAAAUAUGCGCUCGAGACUGUCAGGUUCUUGAAAAGCGAUGUUGCAUUGAGAGCCUUUGAGUAUCUGCACAUAGAUUUUGGUGUAAAUUCUUCACUCCAGAGAGAAGUGAAUCUGAGUCAUAACAUACGAAUAAACAUCUCAACUGUGAAACAGAUCUUUUAUCUACUGGAGGAUAAACCCUCUAAACUCAACAAACUCAUGUUGGAUCAGUGUGGUUUGACAGAUGAAUGUCUGCGUUCAAACCCUUCACGUCUGAGACACUUGAACCUGAGUGGAAAUAAACUAGGAGAUUCUGGAGUUGGUUUUCUCUGUUUUUUACUGGGAAACUGCCCUUUCAAGCCAGGAACAAUAGAGUUGUGUGGAUGCAGUAUUACAGAGUCACAGUGUAUUAGACUGAUUUCAGCUCUGUGUUUAAAUCUAACACGACUGAAACACCUGAACUUCAGUCAGAACAAACUAGGAGACUCAGGAAUAAAGAGCUUGUGUGAUCUACUGAAACAUUCAGACUGCAAACUCGAUCAACUUGAGUUAAGAGCGUGUGGUUUGACAGAUGAAGGUCUUGUUGCUCUGACUUCAGCUCUGAAUUCAAACCCGUCACACUUGAGAAAACUGGAUCUGAGUGUAAAUCCACUAAGAGACUCAGGAGUUGAACAUCUCUGUGCUCUUCUGAGUAAUUCACAAUUCAGUCUGGAAACACUCGAUCUGUGUGAAUGCAGUAUUACAAAGACACAGCUUGACAAGAUGAUUUCAGCUCUGUGUUCAAACCCAUCACAUCUUGGAGAACUGAACCUCAGUGGAAAUGAAAUAAAGGACACCGGAGUGAAGCUCUUGUGUCGACUACUUGAACAUUCACGAUGUAAACUGGAGAAACUGAGCCUAAAUAAGUGUAAUAUUACAUAUGUUACAUCUUUAGCUGAUACUUUGGCUCAGACACGAGCAUUAAGGUUCUUGAGGGAUCUUGAUCUGAGUCACAAUAAUAUAAAGGAUCUGAAGAAGCUUCAUGAAGUGUUAAAGGGCUCAGGCUGUAAACUGAGUUUAGAGAAUCAAGGUUCUUUCACAGCUCUGUUUAAAUUUCCGGUAGCCUGGACAGGGGGAGACAAGUCAUCAGAUGAUUAAGAUUGGGAUAUUUUACCUCAAAAUGUUAACCCAAAGGAGCAAACUGAAGCUGGUCGGAGCACACAUGAAGGGAUAGAAGUUUAAUUAUUAUACACUGUCUUGACAAACUCAAAGAAAGUUCCUAAACCUGCUCGAAUGAAAAUGUGAUGGAUGUAUUAUGUAAGGGAUAAUGUACAGGCAGCAGGUUGUUAUGGCAGAUAUAUGCCCCGACCUGUGAUAAGGGGUGAAGUGGAGGGUCUUGUAUCACACUGAAGGGGAUUAUUUCACGAUAACAGCCGGCUGCUUGAAUAUUUACAAGGGUGCAUGACAUAAAAUGUGAAUCUGCAUUAUUUUAUCUGCUCAUUUUUACCAAAUGCUGACCUUUCGUGAGAAUAAGCUGAUUACUUUCAUUUCUAUGGUGAGAAACGACGUUCAAAUGUCACGAACAGACAAUUUGGUGGAAUCAUUGGUAAAUAUAAUGUUGAGCAUGUUAUUUAAAGACAUAUUUGUAUAUUAUGUAAAAAAAAAUGUCAAAAUGAUUUGCUGCAUCCAGGUUACCUUGUGUUAUUAUUUUUGAGCAGUUGCUAUCUGGGAAUAACAAACCUGUGAAUGUCUUGACUGUCCAAUCAGAAUCAAGCAUUCCAACGAGCUAUUGUCAUCUCUGACGAACAGCUAGUAAACUCAUUUGUGUAUAUAGUCUGAUCAUGUUUUCAGUGAAGACACCACAAGACACUUUCAUCAACAUUCUGACAUUAUUCCUGAACACUUCACUCAUUAAUUUGUUUGUUAUGCUGAUGAAAAUGUAUUAUCACUGAUGUUAUCAAGUAUUUAACUUGCCAGAUAAUGUUUUAUGUACUUGAAUAAAAAGUCUCAUGU